AAGCAAAAGGCAGAGACGGAUAGCCAGUAAGCCAGCACUGGAAUUAGCUCCCAUGCCUGUGCUGCUACAAUUCCUGCACAGCCUCCUGACCCGGUACCCCCCCUAACCGGAGCAGCACGCAGUCCCUAGUGUGAGCAUCUAUUUCCUGGCUCUGGCUCCUCUGCAGGAGAAUGAUAAGGGACAGAGAGCUGCUGCAAUCCUGCCUCCUUCUUCCUCCUCAUGCAACUCCCUCCUGCUGACCCCCCUAAAACUUCUGAGUACCCCAAUUUCUUUGGCUGUUCCUACCCCCCCAAUGCCUGGCGAUGGGUAUGAUCCUGGUAUUGAUGACAUGCUGCUGUUUCACUCCCAGCUUUGGCUUUAGCUCCCACUUCGACUCCGACGGAGCUCUGUUGAGCGAGUUGUCGUGGCCAUCCUCUCUGGCCGUGGUGGCCGUUUCCUUCUCUGGUCUCAUCACCUUCAUAUUCCUCAUGUUGGCCUGUCUGUGCUGUAAGAAGGGUGACAUCGGCUUCAAGGCCCCUUGUUGUCCUCAGGAGCUUGACAAUGUGGAGGGAGAAGAUUACACCACUGAAUUUUCUGUCCAGAGCUCCCCCGCGGCGCAGAAUGGGCCCGAGGUGUAUGUUCUGCCUCUUACAGAGGUCUCCGUGCCAAUGUCCAAACAGCCUGGAAGAUCAGUGCAGCUUCUCAAAUCCACAGACCUGGGAAGGCAGAGUCUACUUUACCUGAAGGAGAUUGGACAUGGCUGGUUUGGCAAGGUUCUGCUCGGGGAGGUGAACUCGGGGAUAAGCAGCACACAGGUUGUUGUGAAGGAGCUGAAGGUCAGCGCCAGUGUUCAGGAACAGAUGCUGUUUCUAGAAGAGACCCACCCAUACAGAGUCCUCCAACAUGACCACCUGCUGCAGUGCUUGGCACAGUGCGCAGAGAUCACCCCUUACCUGCUGGUCAUGGAGUUCUGCUCAUUGGGAGAUCUGAAAGGCUACCUGCAGAGCUGUGCAGCCACUGAGUCCACCGCCCCCGACCCCCUGACACUGCAGAGGAUGGGCUGUGAGGUUUGCUCUGGUCUCUUGCACUUACACAAGAAUAACUACACCCACAGUGACCUUGCUCUGAGAAACUGCCUCCUAACUGCUGAUCUGACUGUGAAAAUUGGUGACUACGGGUUGGCACAUUCCAAGUACCGGGAUGAUUACCUCGUAACAUCGGACCAGCUGUGGGUGCCACUGCGCUGGAUCGCGCCAGAACUCAUCGACGAGGUACAUGGGAACCUACUUGUGGUGGACCAGACCAAAACAAGCAAUAUCUGGUCGCUUGGCGUUACUUUGUGGGAACUUUUUGAGUUGGGUCGUCAGCCAUACGAAGAGUACUCGGACCGGCAGGUUCUGUGCUAUGUCAUCAAGGAACAGCAGCUUAAACUACCUAAGCCUCAGCUCAACCAGCUGCUUUCAGACCGAUGGUUCGAGGUGAUGCAGUUCUGCUGGCUUCAGCCUGAUCAAAGACCCACGGCCGAGGAGGUCCACCUUCUGCUUUCUUACUUAAGCGUGAAGGGAGCCAGCGAACUGGAGGAGGAGUUUGAGAAGCGCUGGAACUCCAUGAAGCCCAAUGGUGGAGCUGGUAGUGGAGGACAUCAUGAGUCUGAACUUUCCUCCUACCCUCUGCUGGAGCAUUUCUCUUCAGAUGGAUUCCACUCGGAUGGUGAUGAUGUAUUAACAGUUACCCAGACCAGUCAGGGGCUCAACUUUGAGUAUAAGUGGGAACGAGGGAGACAUGAACAGUACCCACUGAGUCCAGGGUGCCCACCCUACCAAGAUAUGUACUAUACACCAAGCACAGGUGACAGACUGAGCUUGGGUGUUUCUCCAUCGUGUUACGAGAACAAAGAAUGCAUUCCCGGCUCUCGACCUCUUGAAGUGGUACCUGUUCUAAGUGCCCGUAGCCCUUCAGUUGCUGGAGACUAUUAUAUUCGUAUUGAGGAGCCAGUGAACAGCAGCCUUCCUCAACAUGACAUUUCACCAAAUGGGGGGCUAUCUGUAAAAGAUAACGGUUCCUUUGGAAAUAGCUCUUCUAUUUCAUUGUCCAUGGAGCCUCUCCUGGGACAAGCCAUGUGUUCUGCUGUAGGUGAUCAGGAACCAGCCAGUGAGCACGGUGAACAGAACUACGAACCUUUUGGAGAAGCUGGGUCACAAGAGAAGCUUCAUGUUGACCCAUUGGAGGCAGAGAGUUGUGAAGCUGGUGCAUUUAUUGACCCUCUUGGGGCUUCACCAUGUCUGAGCCAGCUGUGCCAGGCUCGUUUGGACACUGUAAAGUUGGCACUUGUAGACAGAUCAGAACCUGAAGAGAAACGGCAGAAAGAAUGCAGCUCAAAUCUAGAUUCUAUCACAGUACAAAACGAAGAAGUAAGUCCACAUACUGAUAUUCAGGGAGAACUGUUUGGGAUGACUUCUCGGCUCACUAACUUUUCCCCACACUGGGCGUCAAAUGCCUCAUCCAACAAUAACAUCUCCAGUGCACCACAAGGCCACAAUGCUGAUACAUGGUGCAACCGCCGCACUGAGGAAUCCCAGCUGGCAGACACUGAGCCAUAUGGUCCUGAAUCCUGGCAGAACAUGGAGUCUGGUGAUAUCGAAAAUAUCAGUCCUUCACUUGAAGAAACAAGUGACCAAUUAUCAAACGGUGAGGUGACUGAUUUUAGGCAGGAAUGCUCAGUAUGGCUGGACCGACAACGUGACACUGAAGCUUCUCCAUCUACAGCAGAAGCUGGGCAGAUUGAAUCUAGCACUUUCUGUGCAGGACACACAGAUGUUUCAUUGCUUUCUCCAAUGAAUGCAGUCAAAGACUUGAAUCAAGGCAUGGAUCCGCUUGGUGCUACUUUAUUAUGGCUCUGUGAGCCUCGUGUUUUGCCGGAACCUACACACAGCAUUGACAUCUCCGAACAGGGAGUUUCGGUUCCCUUCCCUCAAGGAUUAUGUCCAAACAUUUUAUCAGAGGGGAUGAAUGAUCUGUGUAUUUCACCCAGCAAAGAAAGUGAAACCCCAGAUAAACCUUCUCUCACAGAUUCCUAUCAUAUACAGAGUGACAGUGACGAUGAGGACACAAUGGAAGUGACUUCUGGAGUCUUCACUGACUUGUCCAGUGAGAGAGGUGACACAGUCCAAUCCUUUAGAUCUUUGCAGAAGCAGGUAGGGACCCCAGAUUCCUUGGAUUCCUUAGACAUGCCGUCAACUGCAAGCUCCUGUGAAGCCUUCAGCCUUGGAUCCUAUGCUCCAUGUGGGCAGCCCAAAGCUCUAGACAGUGGAUAUGAUACUGAAAAUUACGAGUCCCCUGAAUUUGUGCAAAAGGAACCGCAGGACAGCAGGGAUACCGAGCCUUAUUAUCAACUAAGUCAAUCCCAAGAACAUGGUUUGGGUCCUGGAGAAAUGUCAAUUUCACGGUCAGUAAGCAGUGAAUUACAAAGUCUGGAUGCCAAAAACCCUUACAGAGACUCUGCAUACUUCUCAGACUACGAGUCUUCUGCAAAGGACGAGGACGAGGAAGGAAAAGAUCAGGAAGUGGAAGAAGGACACAAAGAAUGCCCUGGCGAUCCAACAAGCGUUAACCUGGAGUUACAGCCUCUAGACUGCCAUUUAGCAGAAAGUUUUCCUUAUUCCAAAACUGAACUAAAAAGUGAUGUUACAGUCACCGAAAGCCAGUGUUCCCUGGGGACUUUGUCACCUCUACCACCAUCUCCUGUGCCAAAAGAUCAUUCACUUUUGCAGCCUGACUCUUUAGUUAGAGAGGAUUCUGUAGAUGAAGGCUUAGGCAUGGAAUCCCUCAAAGAAUCUUUUUUGGAUAAGGCACCCAGUCCCCAAUCAACGGUAGACUCUGCCCCUCACAGUACCUUCACAUUGUCCCCUGUGCAGAUUUCCUUGACCAAAGGAUGUCCUGUCAAACAAGGGGCAUCAGGCAUUAUUACCCUCACCACUGGGCUACAAGAAGAAAAGGCGAUAUCUUCACACAGAGAAGCCCACGGAGCCACCCAUCUUUCAAAAUGCCUCUCUCCUCCACUUCCUCGAAAGGAGGGCCGGAUUGGUGAGUCUCCAACUAUAGAAGAUGACGAUGAGGAUGAAGAAAGUGAUGACAGUGAUGAAUCAGAUGAAGAGCUUCGCUGCUAUAACAUCCAGGAACACAGUGAGGAGAGCGAGGAGGAACACGGGGCUGUGCCUAUAAUUAUCACUGAAAAUGGCAGCUCUGGGCACCUCCGCAGCCUUCUAAAGCUGCCCAACUUUGAUCGGAAAAAGAAAGCAGUCUCUUUCUACGAUGACGUCACUGUCUACUUGUUUGAUCAGGAGAGUCCGACCAGGGAACUGGCAGAACCGGAUUUCCCCAACACAAGUCCAGAUAACGGGCCCAGCGCUGCACAGAGAGCGGGGGAGCAGAGCCCACACAAGGAAACAGUAGACCCCCACCUUUUAGAAGAGAGUGGAACAUUACAAUGGGACUCUGACUUGCCCGUCACACCCGUGAAAACCGUAUUUGUCACCUCACUGUCGCCAGCUAUGCUGAGUUCCGAAGUGCACAGCCUCCCUGUCCCUGUUCCCCUGCAAAAACCAGCGCCAUCUGUGCAACUCUCCAGGUUUAGUGUGUCUCCAACCCCCCCGUCCCGCUUCUCCAUUACACAAGUGGCUGAUUCUGACGUGAGCUCUGUACAAGGGAGCACCAAUUCGGGGGGACGGGUGUGAGAUUUCAGUUUGGGGCUCACAUUAGAUGCCUGAAGCUCAGGACCGAACAACGCAUGCUGAGGAGUGGGGAUCCCAAGGAAGAGGUUUAAUUCAUGUUUGCUGCUGUCCACAAACUCUGUCCGUGACCCAACCACUGCUACAUGCUCAGCCGUUUUGUAUGCAUUGCGUUCAGGGCAUUCUUACAUUUUUAUUUUAUUUUUGGAAAUUGUCUGGGAGUGCACACCUGUUUUUUUUGGUUUGUGCUCCAGAAAGCAUGGGACCUGUGUAUGUGUAGAACGAGUUACGUGUGUGUGUGCGUGCGUGCACAAAUCUAUAUAAGCCUACACAAUGCUGUAUGUGGACGUGGGUGAAUGUGGUUUGUAUGUGUCUCACGUAUCUCCUUUCAGACAGUCCUUUGCAGGGAAACAAAGUUUUUCUUUGGAUUUUAUUGGUGUCUGUGCAGUUUGGUCUAUGUCUGGAUGCCGUUCGGCCUGGAACCCCCUCGGUGUCACUGAAUCUGCUUUGUGAGGGUGACAGUGAUGGUGUGUCCGUAACCUCCAGUUCAUGGGCUUGGCUUCAAAAACUUGUCUAACCUCCUGUGCGCUUGUCAUUAACCCGGAGAGAGUGGCACACGUAGUUUGGAAAAUUCCGGUUGAACAAACCUUUCUACUGUCAUUAACUUUGAAAAGCACUGAUAUAUCCAUAUAUUGUAAUGACUGGAGUUAAUGUUGAAUCUGAACGGAUUUAUGCUGUAAUAACCCUAUUUAUUCCAUCUUCUGACUACUAGUCCUCACUCUGUAUAUAACCGAUAGACCACCUUCUCCUGUCUCAUAAGUGGAUCUUAUCACGCUCAGUUGAAGUGAAAACUAAGGACUAGUGGCUUGGUAUAUCGCAGCCACGCGCUGUAUUGCUCCAUGUACAGUGUAGCUCUGGACGCCGCUAUUCAUGGUCCAUUUACCUGUGCUCACAUUUUCAAACUGACUGCGCCUUCGGGGCCAUUUAAUAUAUGUAUCAGGAUCUUGCAUUCUCCAUAGUACAUAAUGGCAUAUUGCAAUGUAUGUCUAUAUAGGUUACAUAGAUGGAUGUGUGAGAAUAUUUAUUUUUUUGUAAACAGAUUAUAAAAGAACGAUUUAUCUUUCCAAGUCCUGGGGUUUGUGGGUGUUGAGAGCUGCGGAGAAGCAGUGUGACCCAGUGUAUAUACUGUAAUCGAAGGCGUAAAGCUAACUGUACAAAGGAUUUAUUUUUACAAUGACCUUCAUAUUAUCACCAGGACUGUUUUACACAUCUACAAACAUAGUUAUCUUUGCAUUGCACCAACAUCAAUCUAUCUCUUUAAACAUCUCACAAACUAUCAUAGUAAAGGUGCGGUUCGUGCUGUGGUGUUGUCCUUGUCACACCGGCAUUUCAUCAACGUAAACAUAUCUCCAAGACAGAUCUUCUUCUCACAUUAACGCUUAGCCUUUGACAUGAUUGCCAGCGAUUGCACUUUAUCACCAAGAAUACCCAGGGAUCAGCUUAAUUUCUGCUCUCCUUUCCAUUUAUGUUCCAUAAGUCUGGACGAUCCAUCUUCAACAGGGAUGGCCAAAACGUAGGUCCCCAGCUCUUUUACAAUUGCAACAUAUAUGAUAUUGUGGCAGCCUUGAAGCUGGUAAAGCAUUGUGGCGGCUGCAGUUGUAAAGCAGAUGUCUAUCUCAUAGGAUAGUUCUCCUCUGUCUACCACCUGCUAAAUUUCUUGUGCAUGUUGGUAAUCUUGCCCACCGUGGCUGCUGUAACAUUAAUGAGCUCUCACUAUUCCAGUCUUUACGCAGUACAUUUAAAGUAUUGCAACGUGAGAGAUUGUCUAUGGUCCAUUGAAUGUUUUGACAGAAUGGGAACUUAGCCACCUAUAAUGUAUUGAGAUGUUAUCAUUUGAUGGGAAACCUGUCCAGCCCCGGUCUUACUUUGGCAAGAGGUGUCACAUCUAUGUCACCACUACAAAGCCUAGAUAUAUAGUCUAUAUAUAUAUAUAUAUGAUUGGUGGUAAUAUCCCUUGAUAUUUAACUUCUGCUAUAAACAAAUCUUGGAGGAUAAAUCCAAUAAAUAUAUAAAACCAAAACUAUGGAGUGUAUUCAGGAUUUUUGUUUCCUACGUCGGUCUCUGCCCAGAAGCCUUGCCUCCUGUAAUAAAUGUUAGUUGCGUUAUUCAGGAGGGCAAUGCUUGGCACACAAAGCCAUUUUGUUGAGCAACUUUAGGAUUACUCAUUCCUAAAAAGGAUUAAACACAUUUCAGUAUAGGAUGGAGGUCCUGUCAUGAAGGAGCUUGCAGUGGUUCACACUACAAUUAUAACAUAAUAAUAAUUGUAUGUGCUCUUAAAGCAGAUCUGUCAUGUUUCAAUAUUUUAUAAGGAUAUAUUCUUUAUGAAAUACUCAUUGAUUGUGUUGGAAUUUCAUUAAAAUUUCAACUCAAUCCAAUUAUGUCUGAACAUAAAGUAGGGACUACUUUGUCUUAUGGAAAAGUCUUAGUUUGACAAAAGGCAGAGCCCUGAAGUAAGUUUUGAAGAGACCAGCAAGACGAAGAUGGCGGCGGUCGAGGGGGACAGUUUGAGGUGC